UUUGUGAAGCGUCCAUGCGGUUUACUUUCGCAUAAGAUAAUUUGUGUCAUAAUUGGCUUGAUUAACGAAAUAUUACAAACGAGGUAACAUCUUCAAGAUGAGUGUUUCUAUGCCACAGAAGCGUUAUUAUCGGCAAAGAGCCCACUCCAACCCGAUGGCGGACCACACUUUUGAGUAUCCAGUUUGUCCAAAGGAAAUGGACUGGUCUCAGCUGUAUCCUGAGUAUUUUAGUCCAUUUCUAGAAGAGAAGGGAAACCAGUUGGGUAAAAGAACAGCUCAAGUAGAGUUCGCUGAUAUCGGCUGUGGAUACGGUGGACUUCUUGUUGAGUUAUCGCCAUUGUUCCCAGAUCAGCUAAUACUGGGUCUGGAAAUUCGGGUGAAAGUUUCAGACUAUGUACAAGACCGCAUUUGCUCCCUUCGAGCUGCUGAGCCAGGCAAAUACCAGAACAUCGCCUGUCUCCGAAGCAAUGCUAUGAAGUACCUUCCCAACUUCUUUACUAAGGGUCAGCUCAGCAAGAUGUUCUUCCUCUUUCCGGAUCCGCACUUCAAGAAAACGAAGCACAAAUGGAGGAUCAUCAGCCCCUCUUUACUUGCUGAGUAUGCCUACAUACUGAGAAUAUGGGGUUUGGUAUACACAAACACAGAUGUAGAAGAGGUACACCUGUGGAUGGUUAAGCAUUUUACAGAGCAUCCGUUGUUCAGCAGGGUGUCAGAGGAUGAGCUGAAAGAUGAUAUCAUUGUCAGUCGCCUUGGAACCUGUACAGAAGAAGGAAAGAAAGUGCAGAGGAAUGGGGGCAAAAAUUACCUAGCUGUCUUUCGCAGAGUCGAGGAUCCAAGCUAAACCUGUUUUUCCAAAUGACAGGAAGAAACCAGUUGCAAUAUAAACUUUUUUUGAAAGUCCGGCUCUGGACAAAGUAUAUGUAGACAUUCAGGGUCAUUACACAAAGGAUUGUGGUGAUGCAUAUUGGAGUAUCAUUCUUGUUUUACAUUUUGUACAAUUUUGAAUGUUAUCUUUUCAAGAAUAUUAAAUUCUUUUAUGUUCCAUGAGUUUUAGGCCAUGAGGUUAACAUUAAAUGAAAAUUCCUUUCAAGGGAUUCCCUUUUUAAAGUUUGGAUGUUAACCAAAAAUAAAUCCACUCAUUUUAA